AGACGCUCUUAUUGCACUCCGGACUGUUUAGUCUGUAACACACUUUUCGACAGGAGACUCGAACUUUCUUUUCUUCUAUUUCUUAAUUUUACAUUUGGACCAGAAUCAAACGACUGAUAGUUGAACAGUUUAAUAAUUAAAUGAACCGUUUAAUUAUUUAAAUAUUGGAUUCAUUCUCCUGCUGUGUUUUGUCCAUUUUCAACGUCACUAAUAAAGUUUUUUCAAAAUCUUUGAAUCGGCGGCUCAGGCUCACGCGACCUUCAACCGGAAGAAGAUUUUACACCAAACACCGAGAACAGGUCAGAUAAACUGAAUCAAUCAUGGCCGCCCAGGUGACUGAGUCUGACCAGAUCAAACAGUUUAAGGAGUUCCUGGGGACGUACAACAAGGUGACGGAGAACUGCUUCAUGGACUGUGUGAAGGACUUCACCACCAGAGACGUGAAACCAGAGGAGACCAGCUGCUCCGAGUCGUGCCUGCAGAAGUAUCUGAAGAUGACUCAGCGGAUCUCCAUGAGGUUUCAGGAGUAUCACAUCCAGCAGAACGAGGCUCUGGCUGCCAAGGCCGGACUGUUGGCACCUCACUGAGCCCGGCUGGACGGGGUCACGUGACCCGGCACGCCGAGCGUGGAAGCUGUUCGGCCUCAAAGCAUCAUGGGAGAUGUUGUGUUAAAAGAUCGGAAACUGUGAAGCCGUCCUUAGAUGUCGGUGUUUGUUGUUUGUUUGAUUAAACAUUGUGAAACUCUGA